AUGGGGAUAAGAAUGGGUAGCAAAGACGAGUUUGGGGUUUUUCCUUUAGUUUCUUUUCCAGGCAGCGGAAAUACUUGGACACGAAUGCUGCUUGAAAAAUCAACUGGAAUUUAUACAGGAAGCAUUUACAAUGACCAACCAUUGUUCAAAGCUGGUAUGCUCGGCGAAAUCACUCUUCCUAAAGAUGGUGAGACUCUCUUCCAAAAAUCGCAUGACAUCAAGGACGAACAAAUUUCAAAUCCAAGAGGGAUACUUUUUCUUCUUCGAAACCCAUUUGAAGCGGUUGUGGCCGAAUGGAAACGUAGAUUGACAAAGGGACAUACGUCAGAUGUAGAAGAGAAUGUUUUCAAGGGCGAAGAAUGGCAAAAUAAGGGCAGUUAUUUUUUGAAGAAAUGGAGAACUCUUGCGAAAGAAGUAAUUGACGUUUAUUUAGAAAACAAAAACGUUUCACUUCACGUAUUUUUUUAUGAAAACUUGAAGGCUGAUGCUUUACAUGAAAUGGAACAAAUUCUUGAUUUUAUUGCGCAAGAGGAUUAUUUUCAUGUUUCUGAUCGUAGCACUCGAAUGAAUUGUUUGAAAAAUACGCUUGAAGAAACUGAAAAAUUUCAUCGACCAAAGAAGAAGCCGUCUUUCGAAUAUUUUACGAAACCAAUGAUUGAAAAAGGAAAUCAAUAUAUCAAUGAAGUUUACGAUCUAUUGGAACAGAACAAUUUCCCUACUUUUGAGAAACGGAGCUAUUUGAAACAAAACACAGCUUCGUAA